CAGGAUCUCGUGGAAUCGGCUCCGCGGGGCCUUCAGUGGCGACAGUGUGGGAGAAAAGCGAACCGCGGGGCAUGGCUUUCUCGCUUCUCGGGGCAAUUUCUUGACCCGCCCCGAAGAAUGUGGCUCCUCACGGGUCGGGGAUGGCGACGCGCCUGCGCACUCGCUCCGCGGGCCACGGCGGUCGCGUCUCCCGGGCGGCCCCUGAUUCCGGAUCGGCUGUACGGCUCUGCUGAGCGCAAGGAAAAAAUUGACAUGUCUGGAUUUGCUGUUGAAAAUACUAGAAACUUCAGUAUCAUUGCACAUGUAGAUCAUGGCAAAAGCACUCUGGCUGACAGACUCCUGGAACUAACAGGAACAAUUGAUAAGACAAAGAAUAAUAAGCAAGUUCUUGAUAAACUGCAAGUGGAACGGGAAAGAGGAAUCACCGUUAAAGCCCAGACAGCCUCUCUUUUCUAUAACUGGGAUGGAAAGCAGUACCUGUUAAAUCUCAUUGAUACUCCAGGCCAUGUUGAUUUUAGUUAUGAAGUCUCCAGGUCACUUUCUGCCUGCCAAGGUGUGUUACUUGUGGUCGAUGCAAAUGAGGGUAUUCAAGCCCAAACUGUAGCAAACUUCUUUCUUGCCUUUGAAGCACAACUAUCAGUAAUUCCAGUUAUAAACAAGAUAGAUCUGAAGAAUGCUGACCCUGAAAGGGUUGAAAAGCAAAUUGAAAAGGUAUUUGAUAUUCCAGGUGAUGAAUGUAUUAAGAUUUCUGCUAAACUUGGAACAAAUGUUGAAAGUGUUCUUCAGGCAGUCAUUGAAAGAAUACCCUCGCCUAAAGUGCAUCGUGAAAAUCCUCUAAGAGCUUUGGUAUUUGACUCCAUUUUUGAUCAGUAUAGAGGAGUGAUAGCCAAUGUUGCAUUAUUUGAUGGAGUGGUUACCAAAGGAGAUAAAAUUGUAUCUGUACAUACUCAAAAAACAUACGAAGUCAAUGAAGUAGGAAUUCUAAAUCCUAACGAGCAUCCGGCUGAUAAGCUAUAUGCAGGACAGGUGGGCUAUCUGAUUGCUGGGAUGAAAGAUGUCACUGAAGCACAAGUAGGAGAUACUUUACAUUUACAUAAACAACCAGUGGAACCCUUGCCUGGCUUUAAAUCAGCGAAACCAAUGGUAUUUGCAGGAAUGUACCCUAUAGACCAAUCUGAAUAUAACAACCUGAAGAGUGCAGUAGAAAAACUGACUUUAAAUGAUUCCAGUGUGACAGUUCAUCGAGACAGUAGUCUUGCCCUUGGUGCUGGUUGGAGGUUGGGAUUUCUUGGACUUUUGCAUAUGGAAGUUUUCAAUCAGCGGCUAGAACAAGAAUAUAAUGCUUCUGUUAUUUUGACAACCCCUACUGUUCCAUAUAAAGCUGUUCUCUCAUCAGCAAAAUUGAUAAAGGAAUACAGGGAAAAAGAAAUUACAAUCAUCAAUCCCGCACAGUUCCCUGAUAAAUCAAAAGUAGAGGAAUAUUUGGAACCUGUUGUUUUGGGAACCAUUAUCACACCAAAUGAAUUUACUGGAAAAAUACUGAUGCUUUGCCAGUCUCGAAGAGCAGCUCAGAAGAACAUGAUAUUUAUUGAUCAAAAUAGAGUUAUGCUUCAGUAUCACUUCCCUUUGAAUGAAAUUGUGGUGGAUUUUUAUGAUUCUUUGAAAUCCUUGUCAUCUGGAUAUGCUAGUUUUGAUUAUGAAGAUGCAGGCUAUCAGACUGCUGACCUUGUGAAAAUGGAUAUUCUGUUGAAUGGAAUUAUUGUAGAAGAGCUAGUAACUGUUGUACACAAAGAUAAAGCAUACUCUGUUGGAAAAGCUAUUUGUGAACGUUUAAAGGAUUGUCUUCCGAGGCAGCUCUUUGAAAUAGCAAUUCAAGCUGCUAUUGGAAGUAAAAUUAUUGCAAGAGAAAAUGUGAAACCUUACAGGAAAAAUGUUUUAGCGAAAUGUUAUGGUGGUGAUAUUACUCGAAAAAUGAAACUUUUGAAGAGACAAGCAGAAGGAAAGAAAAAAAUGCGGAAAAUUGGCAAUGUUGAAGUUCCCAAAGAUGCUUUUAUAAAAGUCCUGAAAACACAGCCUGAUAAAUAGUAAUUUGUGGAACAUAAAAAUUGUGC